AUGUCACCUUUGUGUCGGAAGUUUGCACUUACAGCAUUCUGCUUACUGAGUGGGCAGGCCGCAUACGCAGCAUCGCUCUUCAACCUGCAGGAUCUGGUAGUCGAUCUAGGCUAUGGCAUCUACCAGGGCGCUUACAACUCAACUACACAUCUCAAUAUCUGGAAAGGCAUUCGCUACGCAGCACCCCCAGUUGGUGACCUCCGCUGGCGAGCACCAGCGGCCCCCGUUGUCUCUUCAAAUAACAUAGUGGACGCUAUCGAAUUUGCACCAGGAUGUCCUCAAGCCGCUCCUGCGCCAUUUCCCGUUAUCCCGGCGCCAUCUGGUAGUGAAGAUUGCUUAUUUCUCAACGUGUAUGCGCCUAGGCGCAAGGAACAAGCUAAGCUUCCAGUGCUUGUCUGGGUCCAUGGUGGUGGUUACGGGUUUGGAAACGGGCAGCAGGACAUGACUGAGAUCAUCAACGAUAAUGGUAACAGUUUUAUUGCUGUCUCUAUCCAAUAUAGACUCGGGGCUUUCGGAUUUCUCUCGUCGAAUGAGAUCCAGCAGAAUGGUGCUCUCAACGUUGGUAUCCUUGAUAUGGCUUUCGCGCUGCAGUGGGUGCAGGAUCACAUCGAUCAUUUUGGAGGUGACAAGUCACGAGUCACUGUUGCUGGUCAAAGUGCUGGUGCUGGUGGUGUGACGCUACUUGGUAUCGCGAAGAAUGGCACCCUAGGUACUUCACUAUUCAGAAACAUUAUUGCUGCCUCGCCCUAUCUUCCACCACAGCACAAAUUCGAUGCUUCAGCCCCAACACGACAGUAUGAGAGCUUUUCCACUAGCGCUGGAUGUGCGAACUCAACCGAGACGCUAUCCUGUCUGCGCAGCAAGGAUUCACUCACACUGCAGACCGCAAACUCAGACGUGAACGCUGCCAAUUUUUAUGCGAUUCUCUUGCAGAAGGACUCGUCAAUGGCGAGAACAUGCUUGUCGGCAACAACGCUAACGAAGGGCCCCACAAUUGAUAGUACCGAUGCACUUCAAGCAUGGCUGCGAAAUGCCUUCCCCUCAUCUGCUUCAACAGAACUCGAAGCCAUCCUCGCCGCCUAUCCGCUAUCCAAUCUGACAAAAAACGACACGUUCGCAACCACGGGUCUCGGCCCAGUGACAGCCCUCGAUACCAGCUCAUUUGCCUUAGGCAUACAACAGCGCGCAUACAACAUCUACGCCGAAGCGACCUUUGUGUGUCCGUCAUACUGGCUUAGUGGCGCCUUUGCAACAAACAAUCGCACCGCAUUCCAUUACCAGUACUCUGUACCCGGCGCGCUACACGGCAGCGAUUUGACUGCAUACUUUGGCCCUGCAACGGCUAGCCAGCCACGUUCCUUCACUGCCGUUUUCAGACAGAUCUGGGGCCACUUUAUCACGGCGGCAAACCCGGCCACUGCAAAGGGUCUCACGAAGCUCACGUGGCCGGCAUGGACAGCAAAUGGACAUAGCAAGAUGCUUAAUCUCAACACCACAGGCGGUGUGCCUUACUCUGCUCCGCAAUUGACAGGAACUACCAUUACAGAAUAUACAGGUCCUGGGCUACAAAAUGAUUUCAGCGUUGUUGAUGCGCUGAAUUGGGAAGGUAAUAGAGGUGCGAGGUGUGAGCUUUGGAGAAGGAUUGCCAGUAAGAAGGCGGAGAAGAAUUAA